UCUUCUUCUUCCUCCUCUUGUUGCUCUAGGUGCCAUUGAUCAUCAGUACUACGAUGGGUGUCUUCAGGAACAGCCCGAGGGAAACGCCGAGGAGGAAAAGAUCAUCUUCCACAACACUCCAACACUUGUUCAACUUGGAAUCAAACAAGGGAAGCAGCAACAACACCACCGAUUGUUGCAACGGCCCUGUAACCAACAAGCAAACCGAUGAAGAAAUCAUGUCACUGGUAUGCCACUGCACCACCACCAUCUUCACCUUCGUCGAUGAUGACUUGGAGUCUCCAUCAGCACAAGAAGCGAAGAGGGUCAAGCUCCUCCAGCUUCUCUCCAUCAUAAAAUCACUCAAACGGGAGCUCCCAGAUCACGUCGUUACCUCCCUUGUGGCCAUGAUCUCAGCCAAUCUCUUCAGGCCGCUCCCUCCAACAUGUAACAACAACGUUCGGCAGCCAGCCCCAGCUGAGGAAAGUGAGGAGCUCGCCUCCUCGCUCUCCCCUCUCUGGUCCCACCUCCAGCCCAUCUAUGACAUCCUCCUCCGCCUCCUUAUUAUCGUGGAUCCCAAAUCACACCAUUGCCGUCUCAUUAUCGAUCAACAGUUCCUCCUCAGCCUCCUCGACCUCUUCCAAUCUGAGGACCCGAGAGAGCGGGAGAGCUUGAAGAAUGUUUACCACAAGAUAUAUUCGAAGUUCACGUUUUACCGAGCGUUCAUGAGGAAGUCGAUGAAUGAUGUCCUGUUACACUAUGCUUUUGAGGCCGAGAAGAACUCGGGGAUAGGCGAGCUGCUCGAGAUAUGGGGGAGUAUCAUUAAUGGAUUUACCGUGCCGUUAAAGGAAGAGCAUAAGUUGUUCUUGAUGAGGGUGUUGAUUCCUUUGCACAAGACUAAAGGGAUGAUGGUUUAUCACAGGCAGCUGGCUUACUGUGUCUCUCAGUUUGUGCAGAAGGAGCCUAUGCUUGGCGGGUUGGUUGUUAGAGGGAUCCUGAGAUACUGGCCUAUUACCAAUUGCCAUAAGCAGAUCUUGCUGAUCAGUGAAUUGGAAGAGCUGGUGGAGAAUAUCAGUUCUGACCAUUAUAGAAGGCUGGCUUUGCCCUUGUGCUCCCAAAUCACAAGAUGCCUCAACAGUUGGAACUCUCAGGUUGCGGAGCGAGCUCUAUACUUGUGGAACAACGAGAUGUUUGUGAAGAUGGCAACAUCCGCCAUCGAAGAAGUGUUCCCAGUGGUGGUCGAAGGGAUGGAGAAGAACAUGAAAUGGCAUUGGAGCAGCAGCGUGAAGCAACUGACGGAGAAUGUGAAGAAGAUGCUGGAAGAAAUGGACCCGACCCUUUACGACAAGUGUCUCCAGGAGAUUGGCCACAAGGAUUUCGUCGCAAGGCAAGAGGAGACGAAGAGGAAGGCUAGAUGGGAAAGAGUUGAAUUGCAGGCAGCCAUGAAUACAAACAACCAUCAUCAACAUCAUCAGGCUAUUCUUCUUCAGCCGCAAACGCCACCACCAACGCCGCCGCGGCUGCCUCAGUACAUUGUUGUUUCCCAUUAGAGAUCUGCAGCGGAAGAUCAAAGACCUGGUCAUGGAAUCCCCCGCUCAUAAUUUCGGUGGUGUUUGAUUCUAUUUUUUUAAUCUUUUGAUUUGUUGCUUUGUGUUGUUUGUGUGGUUGAUCUCUCUGUUCGUUUUAUGUGGUUCAAGGGAUGGAAUAACCAUAUAUACAAAUUGUGCGACAUUAGGCAACUCUAGAAUUGGUCACAAAUGAAAAGAAAAGAAGUUGAUGAAACCAUUGAGAAACGAUAAGGACUUGAUUCUAUCUAAGUUUUGUGGUUGUCUGCAUAUAGGUGGACUCGAUCUCAUGUCAUAUCGGUUGAUCAUCGAUCUUGUGUCGAAUAGAGUAUCAAUUUCCUA